ACGGACCAGACAGUCACGCUGUGGCCUGCGUCCAUGCGGACGGGAUAUUGGUUGGCGCGCGCUUAUUUAAAAAUCGAACUCGAUCUCGAAAAAAAUAUUGACGGUUUUUAUUUUCCACGAAACAAAAAUGGCGGCAAUUUUCUUAAUGAUUGUGUUAAUAACUAUUUCUGUUCAAAGUAUUAUUGCAUUUGAUUGUAACAGUGCUAAUUAUGAAAAUAUUAUGGAUUGCGAUCAGUGUAUAAAAUGUGGCGGACACUGGUGUAUUUCGCCGGGUCCUAAUGAGCCUCACUGCAGCUUUCUCUGGUUUGGUGAAUCCAAGUGCACAGCAUACAGAGAAAACGAGAUCUUCCCCGUCUUCUCCAAGCAACGGGUGGAUGGAAACAAGACAUCGAUGAUCAGCCCGACUUUCUUCGCGGAUUUCAUGAAGGUGUCUGAUGCGGAUAAAAAAACUGAAUUUUCGACGCCAGUGAAAGUUAAUAUCGACGUCACUCCCACAGAAUACUCGGGCAGUGCUCCCGAAGUGAAAUUAAAAAAGAAGAACUGCAAUACUGACACAUGCAUUCGGAAAUUGGAGAUCAAACUGGACGGGCAAUUUUGCAGUGAUUCUGGCGGGCCCGUCCAGCAUUUCAUGGUUCCAUUGAAGAUAGAGAAUGUUACGUACGCUAAGGCAGAAUACGUGGUGCCUUGUGCCUGCCAAUGUAGUAAAAAUGUGAGUGUGGACGACCCUUUAUGCAACCACCAUGGAAACCUUACCUGCGGCGUGUGCACGUGCAGUGAAGACUGGACGGGCGAGCGUUGUGAUCAGAAGAAACCCUACGAUGAGCGGGAGUACAUUGAGCACAUGAACAAUGGUAACGUGCGCGGCGAUGUCGCCUGCAUUCACGAAAUGAGGCCUGAUGUUGACUGUUCCGGCAAUGGAAGAUGUGGCGAUUACUGUAUCUGUGACAAUAACAAAGAUGGCUGGCAGUACUUCGACUGGGACAACUACUGCGAAGACAUCUGUAUGACCACCUCCGAAAUCCUAUACAAAGAUGAGAACGGAACCUCAAUCACAUUCAUUACUUACGACGAAACUGUGUCAAAGAAAAGAGACAGCAAACACAGAAAUAUAUGGGUGAAGUGUGAAGAGAUGAUCAACGAAUGCAAAUGGACAUAUUUCGCUAGGAAAAACGUUAAAAAUCAAAUCGCUGUGAUGAUUAGCGAAAAGUCUUGUCCCAACGCUGAGGCGGUCGUCGGCGGUGUCAACGUCACAGCGUUGGUGGUGCCACUAGUUAUAGCAGCUGCGUUAGCCAUGGCAGGUGUGGGCUAUUACGUAUGGCAGAGUAAGGGAGGAGCGCCUCCGCUCAGCAAAGCUAACUACCAAGGCCUGGACGGCCCUAAGACCAGAGUUGAAACGAACCCAGUUUACAUUGAGCCCAUUAAGUCCUACAAGAAUCCGACAUACGGCCAACAAGUUUAGUCUGGGUGUUACCUGUUGGCUGACUCAUCAGAACCGGCUACAGGGUCGUAUUAUAUUUCAAAAUCGAUUAGAUCACUUUUGAAAUCUCGGAUCUCUGCGGUCCUGUGCCGACGCCAUUCCAACACUGCCUGUGAUCGACACCGUCGUCAUUUUGAUGAAGAAAUUACACUCAUCCGGUGUUAUUCUCAACGCAAAUUGUAAAAUAGAUUAUUUUAUGUGUGUAUACGUGUGUUAGUGAAUGUAAGCACACUUCUGUGAUAUAUUAAAUUUAUUAAGUAAUAGUGACUCAUUCGAUGUAGGUACAGUUGUACGUGUUUGAUUAAUCAAAGUAAACAUGCUCUUACAAUAGCGCUGAUAAAUAGAUUUUGGUGUUAUGCUAGUGUAAUUAAUGUAAUAAUGACGCAUAAUUUAAAUAAUGGUUAUCGACUGUAGCUCGAUUGUGUAAAUGAUGGUCGAGUGAGAAGUUACCAUAGUUUCAUUACAAAGACCGAUAGAAAAAUGAUUUGCGGUUAUUAGUGAAAGUGCCGGGAACACUGGAAAGUAGAAUGGUUGUAGUGUAGUGAAUUUUAUGGGCGUGUAGGUGUUUUUGUACGAGAUUUAGAAGGUGUGUGGGCCUCGCGGGCCCUCACGCUGCGCCCGAGACAACGGAAUGAGUAACGGGUUUUUUUGAACUCUGACACAUACUCUUAUUAACAUUUGGAUAGAUAUAAACAAAACAAACUUAUUUGCAUUUGAAGGUUGUUUAGUAACAAUGAGGAAAUCGCGUUAGUUAUAGAAAAUUUGAAUUGUGUAAACAUUUAUUAGUAGUUCCUAAAGUUACAAAUUAAUUAGGUACUUACGUAGGUCUUGUAUUCAACACUCGAUCGAAUACAUUGUUAAUAUAAGUUAUUUGUACAAUUAUGCAUACUUACCUUGUCACUGUAAACAGCAACAGUUUGUGUUAUACAGUCAGAAGCACAUCAACCGAUCCUUUGUUGCAAAACCGCCGCUAUUACCGCCGUACAGAGUUCAGGUAGGAUAAGUUGACAUGUAAACGGCUAUACUGUUUGAUUAAUCACGUAGGUAGGUGUCCAAAAUAGUACCAAGCCGCGCAAUAAUUCAAUAGAAUCUUGUGACUCAUAAAACUUAUUCGCCCAUCAUUCGACUCCAAUAAAUAGUGAUUGCGUUCAAUUAUGGCCUUUAAAAUUUGGUCAUAAGUAUAAAACAUUCAAACACGUGCGGUAGAUUUUGUUUUAUUUUUAUAUUUACUUUAAGACUUCAAUACUAACAAAUAUUUACUACUUUGAUUAAACAGACUGCCCGUAUCAUGCUCAAAUUCUUGUUUCGAAAAAAUUAUGUAAUGAUGUAUUACAAAAAUAGAUUUUUUUCUAUUAUACGUAUUGCCAUGUUAGUUUAACAUAUUUUCAGGAACGUUACAUAGUAUUUUUGUUUUAAGUUUGUGGUGCUUUUAGUUCGUACUGUAUAUUUUUGCAUUAGUAUUCACUCAUACAUAUUCAAAUGAGAAUUAUGGCUUUCAGAACAUCUUUAUUAUGCAGUAUUGUCUCCACUCGAGAAAUAUGACAAUUUAUUUGAAUUCGAUUAUAAGGCAUUCAUGGAAAAUAAUAUUCAAUUUAUUCAAAAGUAUAUAAUUAUUUCAUAAAUAUGAUCGAUUUGUUAUGUUUGAAAUUGGUAUUUCAUCCAAAGAUUUUUGAGGCAUACCUAUACCUAAUAAAUUAUUCCGCGAGUAAAUAAAGACGAGAAAAUAAGUUUAAGAUUUAGGUAGUAAGAAUUUUGUGAAUAUUUUGUAAGAUAUUUUACAUCACGUAAAUGUACUAAAAUAUUUAUUUGGUAUACAUAUAAUCGACAAAACAUGUUUUUAAGUAUAAUAGUAAAUAUUUAAUUUUAAUUCUUUGGAAAAUCGAAUCAAUUUUCCCUACUAAGAAUCUGAAUAAAUAUUUCAUUUCAAAAUAAUUGUCUGAGCCUAAUUUUAAGUAAUAUGUUAUCGGCCUAUUACUAAGACUAAAUUCUGAUACUUAUAUAUUUAUAUUUUUUGUAAAUUUGUAAUAUAGCUAGUCAAUAAAAAACUCCAAUAUCCAAA